CUUGACUCUAUGGAUUUACUCAUUCCUUUUCCUUUAUUUUUGUCAUCCAUUCCUACCAAGGAGUCCCCGGCCCCAGAUGUGGGGUGAGGAGCGGGGCUGAAACUUCUGCUCUCUGGAGGAAAGGUUGCAGAGACAAUGAAGAGGAAGAACAGCUGAAGGAGCUCUGGCAAAUAGGGUCUUUUGCCUUUUGGAAAAUGCAUUUACCACACUCCUUGGCAAGUCCCUCAGAAAGAACAGAACGUGUUUGCUUCCAGAAAUGAACACAUCCUCUCAACUGUAUGUUUCUGAACUAAACCUGAGUGCCUUUGGCAACAACUUUACUGUGCCUACUGUCAAGAGCAAGUCAUCGCCAUGUGAACAAGUGGUCAUUACUACUGAGGUGUUCCUAACUCUGGGCAUUGUAAGCCUCCUGGAAAAUAUCUUAGUUAUAUGUGCAAUAGUUAAGAACAAGAACUUGCAUUCACCCAUGUAUUUUUUUGUUUGCAGUUUAGCAGUGGCUGACAUGCUGGUUAGCGUGUCUAAUGCUUGGGAGACCAUAACGAUUUACUUAAUAAACAACAGGCAUAUAAUUAUGGAAGAUGCUUUUGUCCGUCAUAUAGACAAUGUCUUUGAUUCAAUGAUCUGCAUAUCUGUGGUGGCUUCCAUGUGCAGUUUGCUGGCUAUAGCAGUAGACAGGUAUAUCACUAUCUUCUAUGCCCUGCGUUACCACAACAUUAUGACAGUGAAAAGAUCAGGGCUUAUUAUUGCAUGCAUCUGGAUCUUUUGCACAGGCUGUGGCAUUAUCUUCAUUCUUUAUUAUGAAUCAACAUAUGUGAUCAUUUGUCUCAUCACUAUGUUUUUUACCAUGUUAUUCCUCAUGGUCUCGCUGUAUAUCCAUAUGUUCCUCCUGGCUCGUACUCACGUGAAGAAAAUAGCUGCUUUACCUGGGUGCAACUCUGUUCGUCAAAGAACCAGCAUGAAAGGAGCCAUCACUCUGACUAUGCUUCUUGGCAUCUUCAUUGUUUGCUGGGCUCCAUUCUUCCUUCAUCUCAUCCUGAUGAUCUCCUGCCCUCAAAACCUCUACUGUGUUUGCUUCAUGUCUCACUUCAACAUGUACCUCAUUCUCAUUAUGUGCAACUCAGUGGUUGAUCCCUUGAUCUAUGCCUUUCGUAGCCAGGAAAUGAGGAAGACCUUCAAAGAGAUAAUUUGUUGCUUUAGCCUGAGAAUGGUCUGUGGGUUAUCAAACAAGUACUAA